GUACUCUGCUUAAGUUUUUGCACGUAUUCUCUAUGCAUAGAUUUUGUAUCGAGUAUGCCAUUUGAUAUUAAGGAAGCGACAUUGCAUUCAACUCAGAAGAUUUGUAAGGCGGUUCAGGAUGUAAGGAAUGCAGUUAAGGAAUUGGGAACCGAUCGUGACGCAAUCGCCCGCAUUAAGAUCAAACGAGCUCGAGAUAUAGUUUACCAGUGCUCUCAAAAAAUAAGUCCACUUCUCCGUAGUCUAGAACCGGAGUUCAAAACUCUAAAAGAGCAAUUCCAAUUGGCCGAGUCAAGUUUCAGAACUGUUGAUCUGAAUGCAUUGCGGAAGGAAAAGAUGACUUACCAAUAUGAAGAUCAGCCUCCAGUUGCAGACGAUCAAAACGAUGAUGAUGCCCGAUCUCUGAGGGCCUAUGACCGGUGUAGCAGACCCCUCUACUUAUCGGAGUUCCGUACCGAAGAGGCGAACCAAGAAGAAAAGUUGCAGAAUGUUAUGGAAAUCGAAUCUGACGUGAUGGACUUGAACGUUACUUAUCAAGAAUAUCAUCUGCUAUUAGCUCAGCAACAGCAAGGCCUUACCACUAUAGGCAGUAAUGCAGGAGGGUCUAACGAGCUCAUUGCGGAGGGUCACAAUCAGCUGCAACAGUCGUUAAAGUACCAAGAAGCUCGGAAAAUUCGAUGCAUACUGAUGGUAAUCUUUGUUCUCAUUGUAAUUGGUAUCACCGCUGUCACGUUUUGUUUAAAUCUAUAAAACUUUUGAUUUUCCAUUCUUUUUUCUAUGUUUGUGCGCAAUUAGGAAGAAAAUAUGACAAAAUGUGUUCAUCUUUGCAACCAGUAUUGUGUUGCAUAUGCACCAUGAUCGUUCUUGGUAUUAUGUUCUGCUAGAAAGCAUUAAAA